AUGGUAGAAUCCCGCAAAGCCGGACAAGCACUUCAAGCAUCUCAUACUGCCGGUACCGCUCUCAACGCAAACUCAUCUCGAUCUGCUGGCACUAACACUGCACCGGCCGACUACUGCUCCGAUGGACAAUAUGGUGGCCGCGGUCGUGGCCGAGUUGCCUUCUUACUUCUCUAUGUUGACGAUAUUCUUCUUGUCACAUCAACGUACCAUCUUCGACAUCAGUUGCUGGCACACUUAGCUAAUGAAUUUGCUAUGAAAGAUCUCGGGCCGCUCAGCUUCUUUCUCGGGGUCGCUGUUACUCGCCAACAUAAUACUAUGUUUCUUUUUCAACAGUCAUACGCCUUGGAUAUCAUCGCUCGGGCCGGGAUGCAGUCUUGCAAUCCCGUCACUACCCCGGUCGACACACACUCUAAGUUGAGUGCUCACUCAGUUAAGGAUUUUCAUGACCCUACUCUGUAUCGCAAUCUCGCCGGGGCGCUAGAGUAUCUUACGUUUACAUGGGCCGACAUAAGUUACGCGGUACAACAAAUUUGCAUGCACAUGCAUGCACCGAAAACAGAUCAUUGGAAUGCCUUAAAGCGCAUCAUUCGGUAUAUCAAAGGCACCAUCUACUACGGCCUUACACUAUGCCCGUCCGCGAAUCCUUCUCUCUUGGCAUACACCUAUGCGGAUUGGGCCGGUUUCCCAGAUACUCGCCUGUCUACGAGUGGUUAUUGGGUCUAUUACGGUGAUAACUUAAUCUCCUGGUCGUCUAAACGCCAACCUACCAUCUCUCGCUCUAGUGCCGAAGCCGAAUACCGUGGAGUCGCUAACGUGGUCGCCGAAAUCUGCGGGUUACGUAACUUACUUCUUGAGCUUCGUCACCCUCUCACUCAUGCCACAUUAGUAUACUGUGACAAUGUGAGCACCAUUUACUUGUCAGGUAAUCCGGUACAACAUCAGCGUACAAAGCACAUUGAGCUCGAUAUUCACUUUGUGCGGGAACAAGUUCAACGAGGUCAAGUGUGA